CACGAAGCUGCAGGAGUCAGGUCGGAACAGGUGGAGCUCAAAGCAUUCCAAGCGAACGCAGGUAAAACCAUGGCCAACUCUGUUCAGGAAAUAUUUGGAUUGUUUUUGAAGAAACACUUUGAAGUCCAGCGAUCCUGUCCUGAAAAACAACGGAGGAGAUAAGAUUUCAGAGAUGGAGGAAGAAAAGAAGAGCAAAGAGAAGACUGAUGGAGGCAGUGUAAGAUGACACAGAGCUGGUUGAUGUCACAAUAAAGGAGUUGAGGUGGGGAAGGAGCAGCUGAUCUGCUGAUGGUGAAGGUUAAGAGUUUCCUAGUGAUCUGUUACUCAUUUGAUCUGUUCGUGGCUGUCACUUUUCCUUCACGUUCCUUCUCUGUCAGCUCAAAAACUGACAAAGACAGAGAGAGAGACAAAAAUUUCAAACACAAUAGUAACACAACGAUUAGAUUAAUAAACGUCUUAACCUUUAGGUUCCUGCACUCUGUGAAGUUCAGCCCAGAAGAUAAGGAGAACAUUUCGAUAAUGGUUCUGUGAGCCCUGCGACGUGCUGCCAGGCUUUCCAGUGUAAAUGUAAUUACGGGAUGACAGCGGGCUGAAGCCCUCACAAAGGCCGGAUAAUCAAAGGCGGCCAGCGCAUGCAGCCCGUGACCAGUAGAGGCAGUGACGCUGAAAGGUAAUUAAAGGCUCCCACAGAGUGAGGCCAUGCAAAAAUGCUCUCUGCAUUUCCUCCAACGCACUUUCUCGUAUAUUUCUCCUUUUGGUUCCUGCCUUUCAUUUCCUUUCACGGACUCUGGUUUUUGUCAUUUACCUCUUCUUCAAAACUUGGCUGCCUUCUCCUUCCUAACUCGUGUCUUGCUUCUCCUCCUCUUUGUCUGUCAUUCCUGCAGAGCUGUGUGUGUGUUCUUGUCUCCUCCCCAUCCAUCAACUCAGGAACAGUAGCUGCCUUUGGACUUGCAGUACUUUCAACUGUCUAGACUAUAGUUGCAAUGUGAUAUCUGCAGAAGAGUGUGGGUUUGAUUGUGUUCACCUUAAACUGUUAUUUUUAUGGCACAAAACCUAGGUAUUCACAUCUGUGUCGUGGGCUCAAAAGAAACUGUUGUGUUGUUUUUAUAUGGAAAAUCACGGUAUGGGUCCAGCUCUGUUUUAAAAGUAUGCUGAGGUUUAAUAUUCGUUGCCAUGUGUGCUGUGAAGUAUGAAGUAUGAGCUGACCUCCAGCCAAUCCUUUGUACUUUGCUAAAUAAUGAAAGAUUAACUCCCUCUCACUGCUCUCUUGUUCAUAACCCACAGGGAGCUCACCCUUAACGGAGAGAAUUGUGCAGGAAAGGAAGGUUGUGUAAGUAAGUGGAUUUAUGACCUAAUCUAUUUGUCAAACGGUCAUAUUGGGCACAGUCCAGGCAUCCUAAGUAUCUACCCUGUUUUUAAAACAUUAAAAAGAUGCUAACAUUCAGUAAAAGUCAGUAGAAGCCAGUGAGACUCAAAGGGAAACCACAGGCAUCAGUGACAGAUUAAACAAGAGUGUAUUCAGCCUGUCAGGAAUAAGUGUGUGUUUAAUCCCUCAUUGAUCCCCUCUGAGGAUCGAUGAUGUUCACUUCAAUUAGUCAGAACCCACUUAUCAGGUUGCUGUAAGAACAUAAAGGCAAUGCAGUUACUUAAAAUUACUCCUAAAGAAUUCUCCAUUGCCACACUCUGUGUGUGGAAUUUUUAAGAAGCUGUUGUUGGUUUUUAUGCUUCAUUAUAAACAAAAAACAAACAAUAAAAUACAACGCACUCUUAGAGUUUCAUUAGGCAGUGACGACUGAAAAAGCAGGAUACCAGUGUGCUGUGAGCAAUUAUUUAAUGCCAGUAUUUAAGUUGAGGCGUUGUUACACUAAAAUAAAAACAACUUACUGGACAAACAUAGGUUUUGGAUUUGAAACUGAACGUGUAAACAAAUUGAUUAAUCGUAUUUACACAUUUUUACACACAAGACUGUUGACUGUUACACCAGUGACCCCUUGUGGCAGGGGUGAAACGGUGGAGACCGCUAUUAAUCAACCGACGUUAGGCCAUCAGAUUUAGCGGUACUGAUUGGCUAAAUUCCUGUUGCUGCGUUUCACUUGUCGGCAACAGGGCAGCAAUUAGCUACGCUGCUGCACGGACUUGGCGCUGUUUUUAGCACAAUGGAAGCUCCGAAGAGAUCAUCUGGGACGUGACGAUAAAACCACUGCUUCAAAUUAUAAUCCCUGUCGGAGCCUGUCAGAGUGAACCAGUAUGAUGAGAAAUCUUCAAAACCAAGAUGGCUGGCUGUCACAUAAAGGAUUAGGAACGACGGCUCCCAGAGCGUGAUGCUAACGCCUAACCUCCUGAAAUUUGGACCAGGCCUCAUGGUGGAAGAUGUGAUUGGUGAGGAGCAGCUCAGUGCUCAGUUAGAGAUUCCAUGGCUACUCCACUGACCUUGAACAAGAGUUUUCUCACUGCGUCUAAGUGGAUGUUUGAAGGACAGGCCGACGCAGACAUGGUCCAGUGCUUUUUAUUGACCUGCUGAAAAUCCUCUCUCUAUCUCCAGGGGCCAAGAGCUCAGGAGCUGGCAAAGAAAAUGUCACCAGAUCAAAUUAAUGGAAGCCUCCAACUCUGCCUGUCUGUCUGUGUCUGUCUACUCCACCAACUGAUAGCGUCACUCACCCAAGAACUCACCCAACUUUGCAGAAAUUUAUUUGUGUCCAAACUUUACCUUCCACAGAGAUGAAACUGACACCUGGCCCCUCUCAAACAUUAAUUACCUGUGCAAAGUAGCUCUGAUGGUUGAAGAUGCUGCUCCAAGCGUUGAGGGAAACAUGGUCCAGUGGAGCGUGCUGCUGCUGUGACUGUACUGACAGAGUGCACUGCUGCAGAGCCACAGACUGCGGGCGACUGUGAUGUUAAAGGAAGUCAAACAGAGGGAAUUAAUCAGGCAGCGGCAGGAGCGGCAGCGGCGUCUGCGCCGGAGCAUUUACUGCGACCUUAACCACUUUACCGUAGAAGCCAGACGCACUGAAGCUUUACCCACCAACCUGUGACAAAUGAGCUCCACGCCACGCUCCCAAAUCUCUCUCAUUAGUCAUGUGAGGUGCGGGGGGCAGAGAGCAUCACCUCAGAAACUAUGCUAUUGUUCCUGCAGCUCUGUUGAAGCACUCAGACGUCUCUCAGUGUAGAAUCAGUGAAACUGAUAGAGUGGACUUUCAUCAGCCUCCCCAGCUCUACCACUCAAAGUCGCACCAGAUGGCUCUACUCAGCCCCCUUUAAGAUUGCACUCAGCAAACGUCCUGCUGCUGCUGCUGACCUGUAUGCUGCCAGGAGCCCUGGGUUGAGCACUGGACCAAGAAUGAAGGAGGAGCCAGAUGAAUUUAUUUGAAGCCGAGCGCCUCACAGCCAUCGGGGCCUUAAAAGGGAAAAGGACACAGAUGCUGGCUGCUGCUCAGUCGCCUCCUCCGUCUCCUCGUCCUCCACCUCCUCCUCCUCCUCUUGGUCCACAGUCCCGCCCACCGCCACCUGGCUCUGCUGCGCACCGCCGACUGGAGGCAGAUCGCUGCUACUCCUCUUCCCCACGUCAGCGAAGACGCAGAGAACACAGAGCCUCCACACCGAGGGUGUCUGUGUGGCAUUUAAAAAAAAAUCACAUUUCAAAUCCGUUUCUACAACCGAGAGCCACUCGACUUGUGAAAGAUCCAGGAGAAAGACGAGUAUCAAGAAGAAUCAGUGGGAUCUGCAUCCCUGCUCUCCUCUCCACCUCGCUCUCACUCCUCUCUCCUCCUGAUCAGCCUCUGCGCUUCUCACCACACUCCGGGCUCUUCCAUCCUGCGUAAACCCAGCGACUGAUCGUUGACUCCCGACUGUGAGCUGUCUGCGCUUUUUUAUCCUCUUCAACCGGAGUUUGACCCGUAUUUCCGAACAGCUGGUGCUGUGCAGACCCAGCAGCCGAGAGCUGGACGGACUCUGAGCCGGGUUUGCUCAUCUCUUCAGGCGGAUCAUCGAGGGGACCUUGUGCGUAAUCGGAGAGACUGGAAAUUAUUUAGCCCUCGCACAUCAACGAACCGCAUGGUGGGAAUUUCUGCCUCUUUUCAGUAUCGCACUGGGAAGCGCUCCACCAUGCCCGACUCACCUGCGGAUGUCAAGACACAGUCCAGGUUGACCCCCCCUACCAUGCCACCCCCACCUAGCACACAGGGAGUGUCGCGAAACAGCUCCUACACCCCCACAACGUUAACCAACGGUAGUAGCCACUCACCUACGGCGCUCAACGGCGCUCCAUCUCCUCCAAAUGGCUACAGCAACGGCCCCAGCUCCUCUUCUUCAUCCUCGUUGGCCAACCAGCAGCUGCCGCCCGCCUGUGGCGCCCGGCAGCUCAGCAAACUCAAACGCUUCCUCACAACUCUACAGCAGUUUGGCAACGACAUCUCACCAGAGAUCGGCGAGAGGGUCCGCACGCUGGUACUUGGACUGGUGAAUUCCACGCUAACCAUCGAGGAAUUCCACUCCAAGCUCCAAGAAGCCACCAACUUCCCCCUGCGACCCUUUGUCAUCCCAUUUCUGAAGGCCAACCUGCCACUGCUUCAGAGGGAGCUGCUGCACUGUGCCAGACUGGCCAAGCAGAACCCAGCUCAGUACCUGGCCCAGCACGAGCAGCUGCUGCUGGACACCAGUACCACCUCCCCAGUGGACUCCUCUGAACUCCUGCUGGACGUCAAUGAGAACGGCAAAAGGAGGACACCUGACAGAACCAAAGAAAAUGGCUUCGAGCGGGAAGGCAACCUACACCCUGAUGUUCACCCCAGCAAACGGCCCUGCACCAUCAGCCCAGCCCAGCGCUUUAGCCCGUCUAAUGGGAUUUCCUACCAACCCAACGGCCUGCCCCAUCCAGGCCCUCUCCCCCCCCAGCACUACAGGCUGGACGACAUGGCCAUCGCCCAUCAUUACAGAGACUCCUACAGACACUCCACCUCCAACCACAGGGAGAUCCGGGAGAGAGCCAGGAGCAUUGGUAUGCAUGCUGGGACCAGGCAGGAGGAAGUGAUUGACCACCGACUGACGGACAGAGAGUGGGCUGAGGAGUGGAAGCACCUUGACCAUUUGCUGAACUGUAUCAUGGACAUGGUGGAGAAAACAAGGCGCUCAUUAACAGUCCUGCGGCGGUGCCAGGAAGCGGACCGUGAGGAGCUCAAUUAUUGGAUUCGACGAUACAGUGACGCUGAGGAGCUGAAGAAGGGCUCUACCAGCACACAGUCGAGGCAGCAGAGCCCGGCAGCACAGGAAACUGCAGCACCAGAAAUUCACAGGGAGCUGAUGCACCGGCCUGUGUCUGGAUACGUCCCUGAGGAGAUCUGGAAGAAAGCUGAAGAGGCGGUGAAUGAGGUCAAGCGUCAGGCCAUGUCAGAGCUGCAGAAGGCCGUGUCAGAAGCCGAACGCAAGGCUCACGAGAUGAUUAGCAGUGAACGAGCCAAGAUGGAGCGAACGGUAGCUGAGGCCAAGCGGCAGGCGGCCGAGGACGCCCUGUCUCUAAUUAACCAACAGGAGGACUCCAGCGAGAGCUGCUGGAACUGUGGCCGCAAAGCCAGUGAGACGUGCAGUGGAUGCAACACAGCACGCUACUGUGGCUCCUUCUGCCAGCACAAAGACUGGGAGAAGCACCACCACGUCUGCGGUCAGACGCUCCAGGCUCAGCAGCAGCAGCAGGCUGGUCAGCAGCAGGGGGGUAUCCCCGGGUCAGAGACCCCCGCCCCCAUCAGCUCAUCAGCCUGCACCCCCAGCAGCGGGACUGGAAGUCCGGCUGCUACCCCGCCUGCCGCUACCCCUCGCUCAUCCACUCCGAGCACCCCUUCCUCCUCCGCUCUGGAUGGCACCCCACGUUAA